ACGCCGGAAUUUUACCCUUCGACGCUUGCACCCACCUCCAUCUAUUCGCCCAAUACCAUUCUGAUCCCCGUUCCUGCUGCUGCUUUCACCGCAGCCCUCUACCCCAUCCUCCGAUCUCUCGGACACAGCAUAUUGGGGCGUCACAACUGCCCCAUUCGGUGUCAAUUCUCCGACCUCUGCCUUUCGGGGUCGUCGAGCAGACCAGACCGGUCCGGGUAGCGUCACCAAGCAUCUAGGUCUAUACAGCAAACUGAGGAUCCCUUUAUCGGCCAUCCGCACUUUCCACACUCUUGUAGUUCAUCGCAAUAGAAAGUGAUAGAAGGUGGUUGCCAUGGCUGCCGUGGCCAUUCAACCUCCAAGGGACACCCCGACGCCUCCACCAAUGCCUACCACAACACCAGCCCCGGCCCUACCGUUACCUGGCGCCGCUUCUGCUACCGCUCCCAUCCCGAUCCCGAAUAAGCACAUGGCUGUAUCCGGGCCUGGGGCCCCCAACUACGGGAACCCAGUCACGCCCCCCGCUUCUCCCCAUUCUGAGGAGUCGCAUUCGUCUGAAGAGGGGAAUCGUUCUAUGGCCUCUCUGUUGUUUCCAGCGGAAAACCAUACCCUGAUCUCGGAAUCUCCGCCCGUCCGUGCCAUUGAUGCUGCUGGCGUUGCUGCCUCCCUCAACUAUAGCUCGAGACAGAGUUUACCCGAUAUUGAACAACUGUUUCCCUGGGCCCAUGGCCUCCAUCCGGACAAUUCAAUGCAACUGGCCUUCUUUUAUGCCCGUAAGAAGUCAAUGAGGAGGGCACCCACUUGUUAUCGUGGUAUCUGUAUUGUCAAAGUUGGGGAUAUGUCUUGCGCAAGGUUGAAGGGUGCGAUUACACCGGAGGAGAUUCUUCCGUCGAGCCCGGCGACCACCGGUUUUCUGGUUGUAGAUCCGAGGGAGGGAUUCAAUGUUCGUAACUUUCACAUCCAAGUGGGAAAGUUUGCAUGUCUAUCUGAUAUCAUCGUUUACGGAGAUAAUGAUGUCGAUCCCGGGGAGAUCACCAGGAUUGCGAAACGUAUCUCCACCGCCCAACUGGACUACAGGGCUCAAUGUCAGAAAAGUUCGACGCGGGAGUUCCCCAUAUACAGCACUUUUGUUGUCCAGAGUGAGCUACUGCUCUUCUUGAUCCAUUCUCCCGAUCGUGGAAGCGCUGACAAGACUAGGUCCGUUCUCCAUGUUUGAGAAUUGCUUUCCAGAAAUAGUUACCAUAGACUCGGCAGGGAAUCUGACGGGAAAAGUGAUCGAUUUUUGUAAGCUAUCCCCAAUCCGUCCCGGCGGAUAAGACACCCUAACGCUUUAGCAGGUCAUUGGGAAAGGAUGGAAAUGUGCUCCAUGUCUAGGGCAACGGAGAUCUCCAAAAAUGUCUGGCUAGGGUCUAGCGCCGAUACCGCUCCAGAGCCUGAGCGUGAACCACCCUAUGGUUUGUUGAUUGAGGCUAGUGACCUGGCUCAAAUGCCAUCAAUCGACAGCCUUCGAGAUCUGGGUGAGAUCAUGGACCACACGGAUGCAACGCAAUGCAUUGAAUUUCCUGGCUCGGGCACAAUGGUACCGCAAAGGUAUACAGCCACAGAAGUCGACGGCUUUAUUGAUGCUUGCCGUUUUAUACAAUCCGUCGCAAAUGGAAAGCAUCAAGAGGCGCAUGACGCUGAUGGCGAUCUCCCCAUGACUCCACCCCGCGAGCCCCGUCGGAUAUUGAUCCAUUGUACCGAUGGCUACACCGAAACCUCGCUGCUGGCCUUGGCGUAUCUCAUGUACACUGAAGGAUUACCUGCACAUUCGGCCUGGGUUCAGCUGCAUACCGCUAAAGGUCGAAAUUUCUUUGCGUAUGAAAAGGACCUUCAUUUCCUUCGCUUUGCCGAGCACCGGAUUCUUGAGGCGGCUGCCGAGGAUAAGGGCUAUUGUCUCAACUACGCCGUACUCAAUUCCCCAGGUUGGAUCCAUCGCAUGGAUGGGUCACUGCCUAGCCGCAUUCUGUCUUACAUGUAUCUGGGGAACCUGCAGCAUGCUAAUAAUCCUGGGCUGCUUGCUAUGUUGGGUAUCAAGCGUGUCCUGAGUAUCGGCGAGGAGCUAUCCUGGACGGACAGAGAAAAAAGUAAAUGGGGAAUUGGUAAUGCGAUGGUUGUUAAAGAUUUGCAGGAUAAUGGAUGCGACCCGCUAGAGUACCAGUUCAGGCGGUGCCUGGACUUUAUUGGUAUGCCGACUGACCAUUCUCUCAGCUGUGUUCAUGCCUUGCUGAUAUCCUCUAGAAGAAGGCCGCCAUGCGGAUGAACCAAUCCUCGUGCACUGCCGAGUAGGAGUCUCCCGGUCAGCGACAAUAUGCAUUGCCGAGGUCAUGCGUGCUCUCAAGCUCUCGCUUCCCCGAGCCUAGUAGGUUUUCAAGCCGGGGAUUUUUUUUCUUUGCAGGCUAUUGCUAACGAAUGUUAGCUGUUAUGUUCGCGCUCGUCGCCUCAACGUUAUCAUUCAGCCCCACCUUCGUUUCAUGUAUGAGCUGCUUAAAUUUGAAGAGAAGACCUCUGUCAAGAGUCGUUGCGCACCCAAACGCGAGUUGGAAUGGACUCAUAUAGCACGGGAGAUUGCAACAAUGAAUCGUCCCUACACACGCCAAAAUUGAUAGCCCAUGCGAGCCUGUUUGAAGUACCUUUUGUUUUUCGGCACUUCUCUUCGAUUGCGAUAAAUAUUCUAUGAAUUCUUUUUUUCUUUCCAUCUUCCAUUCCGUUUCUCUAUAUUUUGUAGUCACAGUCGCUGAUCUCUAGCUGCUACAUUUUAUCCAUUUUCUUCACUAUUUCCUUGUGGGUGUUUUUUUUUUUCUCCUUUGCCCCCCGGUUCCCCUAGUUGGCUGUUUUGGGGGGCACCUCCUAUUUCAUUUUAUUCUAUUACCCGCAUAUCUGGUUUUGUCUGUUAGUUACGGUUUGGUUCUCGGAUAUGGCGUAGGGGUGAGUUUCAAGCAUUCGCUUUUUCUCUGCUGUUCCCGUUUCUUGUUCUGAUUUUGCUUCUGGAUCGCGGUAGCUUGGGAGAAUUGGGGAGUCUCUUUAGUUCACAUUUGUCUUUUUACCCUUUACAGCUACUAACAAAUCACGGCACGCAUCGCUCCCUCAUCACGGGAGGCUUUUUAGUGGGAGUCAUUUUGUCUCUAAGUGUAAGUUUGGAAUUUACCUAGCGGGGGGGUUCAUUUCUUUUCCCCUGCAAAGUUUCUUGAAUCAAAAAGACCCAGAUAUACCUCCAGCUCUUGUUUUUUUUUUUUUUUUUUUUUUAAAUGGAAAAAAAAUUUGAUUCAAGUUUUUCUUCCUAUUUUUCUUUUGCAGCUGCCCUUCAUUUACACCGAUACAAUUUUCCGGCGAUACCUAUUAGGCUGCAUUUCUGAUAUACCGCUGAAUCACGCAUCAAUAGUAGAAGACAUGCAAAGCAUGCAAAGAAGGAAAGGAAAGGAAAAGAAAAUUCAGCUUUUUUUCUUCUCUCUGGAAAAACCAGUGAUAUUUAUUAUACUCGAGUGCAUGUAAUAGCAUACCGGUGGAGCAUGUCACCCACCACCGGUAGCCCGUACAACUUACCGACAUGGAGAGACAUGUCGUCAACAACGUACCGCUCGCCCGGGCCCCGCUACCCGAGUAUAUAUGCUGAGCCAGAUCAUCCACCUUGUCGUAUCACAAAUUUCUCACCAGCACUUGUAGGGAACUACGAGUAUGUACUGGUACGUACGGCCGGUUCGGAUAACGGUACCGGUAUGGUAAUGGUAUGGUAUGGAGCAUUGGAAACCCCGCAAAAAAGGAAAAAAAAAUGAAAAAUGA